GUAGCUAAGGCCUGUGUAAUUGAUAGGAUGCAUCUGGCUUCAAGGCACAGAUUGAGUACAAGGGCAGGCUCUUGCUGUCAUUGGAGAAUGUGGGUGGGAUAGGAGCUAAAUCCUGGGACCACUUGCUCUAUAUAUGAGUGCCAAGACAAUCUAGAGCAGGGAGAGGCAGAGAGGCAGGCAGCCUGCUGAGCUCUUCCUGCUGCUGAAAACUUAUCCAGCCCUUACAGUGGAAAAUUUCAUCGUUUCUUCUGCCCUGAAUGUUUCCCCGAACAUGAAGGCAAUAAGCUUAUUCAUUUUGGUGGGAUUUACAGGAGAGUUCCAAAUUUUUUCAAGUGCCUCCUCUCCAGUGAACUGCCAGUGGGACUCGUAUGCGCCUUGGUCAGAAUGCAAUGGCUGUACCAAGACUCAGACUCGCAGGCGGUCAGUUGCUGUGUAUGGGCAGUAUGGGGGCCAACCUUGUACUGGAAAUGCUUUUGAAACACAGUCCUGUAAACCUACAAGAGGAUGUCCAACAGAGGAGGGAUGUGGAGAGCGUUUCAGGUGUUUUUCAGGUCAGUGCAUCAGCAAAUUGUUGGUUUGCAAUGGGGAUUCUGACUGUGAAGAAGAUAGUGCUGAUGAAGACAGAUGUGAGGACUCAGAAAGGAGACCUUCCUGUGAUAUCGAUAAGCCUCCUCCUAACAUAGAACUUACAGGAAAUGGUUACAAUGCACUCACUGGCCAGUUUAGGAACAGAGUCAUCAACACCAAAAGUUUUGGUGGUCAGUGUAGAAAGGUGUUUAGCGGGGAUGGAAGAGACUUCUACAGGCUGAGUGGAAAUGCCCUCUCCUAUACAUUCCAGGUGAAAGUAAAUAAUGAUUUUAAUUAUGAAUUUUACAAUAGUACCUGGUCUUAUGUAAAAUCUACAUCAAGCGAACAUACAUCAUCUAGUAACAAGCGCUUCCUUUUUAGCUCUUCAUCAUCUAGUUCAUACAGUUAUCAUUCACAUACCAAUAAAAUCCAUAAAGAAAAGAGUUAUCAAUUGUUGGUUGUAGACAACACCGUUGAAGUGGCUCAGUUCAUUAAUAACAAUCCAGAAUUUUUACAACUUGCUGAGCCAUUCUGGAAGGAGCUUUCCCACCUCCCCUCUCUGUAUGACUACAGUGCCUACCGCAGACUAAUCGACCAAUAUGGGACACAUUAUCUGCAAUCUGGGUCCUUAGGAGGAGAAUACAGAGUUCUAUUUUAUGUGGACUCAGAAAAACUCAAACAAAAGGAUUUUGGUUCAGCAGAAGGAAAAAACUGUAAAUCCUCAGGUUGGAAAUUUUUAUUUUCUUCAUCAAGACAUAAAUGCAAGGAAAUGGAAGAUGCUUUUAAAUCUGAUUCAGGAACCGGCGGCAAUGUGAUGCGAGGAGACCCCUUUGUCAGAGGGGGAGCUGUGGGCUUUGUAUCCGGCCUUAGUUACCUAGAGCUAGACAACCCUGCUGGAAACAAAAGACGAUAUUCUUCCUGGGCAGAAUCUGUGACUAAUCUUCCUCAAGUCAUAAAACAAAAGCUGACACCUUUAUAUGAACUGGUAAAGGAAGUACCUUGUGCCUCUGUGAAAAAACUAUACCUGAAACGGGCUCUUGAAGAGUAUCUGGAUGAAUUUGACCCCUGUCAUUGCCAGCCUUGUCAAAAUGGUGGCUUGGCCACCGUUGAGGGGACCCAUUGUGUGUGCCAUUGCAAACCAUACACAUUUGGUGCAGCAUGUGAGAAAGGAGUCCUCGUAGGGAAUCAAGCAGGAGGGGUUGAUGGAGGUUGGAGUUGCUGGUCCUCUUGGAACCCCUGUGUUCAAGGGAAGAAAACAAGAAGUCGAGAAUGCAAUAACCCACCUCCCAGUGGGGGUGGGAGAUCCUGCAUUGGAGAAACAACAGAAAGCACGCAAUGUGAAGAUGAGGAGCUGGAGCACUUGAGAAUGCUUGAACCACAUUGCUUUCCUUUGUCUUUGGUUCCAACGGAAUUCUGUCCAUCCCCUCCUGCCUUGAAAGAUGGAUUCGUUCAAGAUGAAGGUACAACAUUUCCUGUGGGGAAAAAUGUACUGUACACUUGCAAUGAAGGAUACUCUCUUGUUGGAAACCCAGUGGCCAGAUGUGGAGAAGAUUUACGGUGGCUGGUUGGGGAAAUGCAUUGUCAGAAAAUUGCCUGUGUUCUACCUGUCCUGAUGGAUGGCAUACAGAGUCACCCCCAUAAACCUUUCUACACAGUUGGUGAGAAGGUGACUGUUUCUUGUUCAGGUGGCAUGUCCUUGGAAGGUCCUUCAGCAUUUCUCUGUGGCUCCAGCCUUAAGUGGAGUCCUGAGAUGAAGAAUGUCCAGUGUGUACAAAAAGACACUCCUUUAACACAGGCAGUGCCUAAAUGUCAGCGCUGGGAGAAACUGCAGAAUUCAAGAUGUGUUUGUAAAAUGCCCUACGAAUGUGGAUCUUCCUUGGAUGUAUGUGCUCGAGAUGAGAGAAGCAAAAGGAUACUGCCUCUGACAGUUUGCAAGAUGCAUGUUCUCCACUGUCAGGGUAGAAACUACACUCUUACUGGUAGGGACAGCUGCACUCUACCUGCCUCAGCUGAGAAAGCUUGUGGUGCCUGCCCACUGUGGGGAAAAUGUGAUGCUGAGAGCAGCAAAUGUGUCUGCCGAGAAGCAUCGGAGUGCGAAGAAGACGGGUUUAGCAUUUGUGUGGAAGUGAACGGCAAGGAGCAGACGAUGUCUGAGUGUGAGGUGGGCGCUCUGAGGUGCACAGGGCGGAGCAUCUCCAUCAUCAGCAUAAAGCCUUGUGCUGUGGAAACCCAGUAGGCUCCUGAGGCCCCCAGCAGGCAGCUGGGGCUGAGUGAAAACAUCUGCACACCUGGCCACUGGACAGCUUUUCCUUUUUCUCCAGAGUUUACUUUCCUCCGCAAAUCCCAGCCCUCUGCAUGAAGACAACACUUUGUUCUCCCAAAUCUGAACCGAGUUAAUCUUUUGUCUCCUUUUUAAAAAGUGUCAGUCAGGAUGAAGACUAUUCAUGAGCCUUUGCACAGGCUGGCUGCGUGUUCUUGAAAAACAUGUUACCUUCUCCAGGCCUUGGUUUUUUAAAAUCUGUAAAAUUAGAGGAUUGUGCUAGAGAAACUUGAA